AUGGACGACUACGAGAACGAAUCCGACUACGAUUAUGGCUACGACGAGGGUAUCACCCCCGAGGACUGCUGGACCGUAAUCUCGUCCUUCUUCGAGACAAAGGGUCUUGCAUCGCAACAGACCGACUCCUUUGAUGAGUUCACCCAGACAAUGGUGCAGGAUCUCGUCAAUGAGUACUCCACAAUCACCCUCGACCAGCACAACCCUCCUGCGCCCCCUGGAGUCAACAUCGCUUUGCGACGAUAUGAAAUCAAGUUCGGGAGCGUCAUGGUGUCACGUCCCUCUAUGAGCGAGACUGAUGGAACUGUGACUAACCUCCUACCUUACGAAUGUCGUGACCGCAACCUCACCUACGCCGCGCCGACCUACCUCAAAAUCACCAAGAAAGUCUCCGUCGCAGUCGACAAGGAGAUCCCUCUGCACGAAAUGGACGACGAGCAGCAGGCCGAGUACAAGCGAACCGGUGAAAACCCCACAAAGCUGGUAUGGGAAGUUGAGGAGGAUGCUGGAAGCAUAAAAACUGAGGAUGAGCCUUCGGAGAUGAUUUUCAUCGGAAAGAUGCCCAUCAUGGUCAAGUCCAAGAUUUGCCAUCUGAGCAGCCAUUCCGACGAAGACCUCUUCAUGCUCAAUGAAUGUCCUUAUGAUCAGGGCGGUUACUUCGUUAUCAACGGUAGUGAGAAGGUCCUGAUCGCCCAGGAACGUUCUGCGGCCAACAUCGUUCAAGUCUUCAAGAAGGCCCAGCCUAGUCCUUUCACCUACACUGCUGAAAUCCGCAGUGCUCUUGAGAAGGGUUCUCGUCUUAUCUCGAGUCUUACGAUGAAGCUCUACGGCAAGGGAGAUUCUGCGCGCGGUGGCUUUGGUCAGACUAUCCAGGCUACCUUGCCUUUUGUCAAGGCAGAUCUUCCUGUCGCCAUCGUCUUCCGAGCUCUUGGUGUUGUGUCUGAUGAGGAUAUUCUGAACCACAUUUGCUACGACCGCAACGAUAGCCAGAUGCUGGAAAUGCUUCGCCCUUGUAUUGAGGAGGCUUUCUGUGUCCAGGACCGAGAAGUUGCUCUUGACUUUAUUGGAAAGCGUGGAAACAGAGACCAGGCUAGUCUGGGUCGUGAGAAGCGUGUUCGUGUUGCAAAGGAUAUUCUCCAAAAAGAGACCCUGCCCCAUAUCUCCCAAUCAGAGGGUAGCGAGACACGCAAGGCUUUCUUCUUGGGCUACAUGGUGCACAAGCUUCUGCAGUGUGCUCUUGGACGUCGUGAGCCCGAUGAUCGUGAUCACUUCGGCAAGAAGCGACUUGAUUUGGCCGGUCCUUUACUGGCGAAGCUCUUCCGCGGUAUUAUUCGAAGGAUAAACACUGAACUCUCCAACUACCUCAAGCGAUGUGUUGAGAGCAACCGAAACUUCAACCUGACUGUCGCUAUCAAGCCAUCAACACUUUCCAACGGUCUCAAGUACUCUUUGGCCACUGGUAACUGGGGUGAUCAGAAGAAGGCAGCAAGCUCGACAGCUGGUGUCUCUCAGGUGUUGAACAGAUAUACCUUCGCCUCUACUCUUUCACAUUUGCGCCGAACCAAUACUCCCAUUGGACGAGAUGGUAAAUUGGCCAAGCCCCGACAGCUUCACAAUACUCACUGGGGUUUGGUGUGUCCCGCCGAAACGCCUGAGGGUCAAGCUUGUGGUCUGGUCAAAAACUUGUCUCUGAUGUGUUAUGUCAGUGUCGGCUCUCCAGCCGAUCCUCUCAUUGAAUUCAUGAUCAACAGAGGUAUGGAAGUCGUUGAGGAGUACGAGCCGACAAGAUAUCCCCACGCUACAAAGAUUUUCGUCAACGGUAGCUGGGUUGGUGUUCACGCCGACCCCAAGCAUCUCGUGAAUCAGGUUUUGGACACAAGACGAAAGUCGUACGUCCAGUUCGAAGUAUCACUUGUUCGUGAUAUUCGAGACCGUGAAUUCAAGAUCUUCUCAGAUGCUGGUCGUGUCAUGAGACCUGUCUUCACAGUCCAUCAGGAGGAUGACUACGAGAACAACAUCACCAAGGGACAACUAGUGUUGACAAAGGAACAUGUCAACAGGCUAGCGCAAGAGCAGGCAGAGCCACCUGCCAACCCCGCUGACAAGUUUGGAUGGGAUGGCUUGAUUCGCGAAGGAGCUGUCGAGUAUCUCGACGCCGAGGAAGAAGAGACAGCCAUGAUUUGCAUGACGCCAGAGGAUCUCGAACUUUACCGUGAGCAAAAGAAUGAUGAAGCUACACUCACGGAAGAGGAGAAACGGGCCAAGGCUGAGGCAGAGAAGAGGGAACAGGAGGAGGACCGCAACAAGCGAUUGAAGACAAAGGUCAACCCCACAACUCACAUGUACACACAUUGCGAGAUUCACCCCAGUAUGAUUCUCGGUAUCUGUGCCAGUAUCAUUCCUUUCCCCGAUCACAACCAGUCUCCUCGUAACACCUACCAAUCUGCUAUGGGUAAACAAGCCAUGGGUUUCUUCUUGACAAAUUACUCUCGCCGCAUGGACACCAUGGCCAACAUUCUAUACUAUCCUCAAAAGCCUCUCGCCACUACCCGAUCCAUGGAGUUCCUCAAGUUCCGUGAAUUGCCAGCUGGUCAAAAUGCCAUUGUCGCAAUUGCUUGCUACUCAGGUUAUAACCAGGAAGAUUCCGUCAUUAUGAACCAGAGUAGUAUUGAUCGAGGUCUGUUCCGAAGUCUGUUCUUCCGAUCGUACUCAGAUCAAGAGAAGAAGGUCGGUCUCAACUACACUGAGAUCUUCGAGAAGCCUUUCCAGCAGACAACACUUCGAAUGAAGCAUGGAACAUACGACAAGCUUGAUGAGGACGGUAUCGUGGCGCCUGGUGUCCGUGUGUCAGGUGAAGAUAUCAUUAUCGGCAAGACUGCACCCAUCGACCAAGAAAACCAAGACCUUGGCACAAGAACUCAAUCGCACCAGCGUCGUGAUAUCUCGACACCACUGCGAAGUACUGAGAACGGUAUCGUUGAUCAGGUCAUUCUGACAGUCAACGCCGACAACGUCAAGUACGUCAAGGUUCGAGUACGAACUACCAAGAUUCCUCAAAUUGGUGACAAGUUUGCUUCUCGUCACGGUCAAAAGGGUACAAUCGGUGUUACAUAUCGACAGGAGGAUAUGCCUUUCAGCCGAGAAGGUCUCACUCCCGAUAUCAUUAUCAACCCUCACGCCAUUCCAUCGCGAAUGACAAUUGCCCAUUUAAUUGAGUGUCUUCUUAGCAAGGUUUCAACGCUGGAAGGUAUGGAGGGUGAUGCUACACCGUUCACUGAUGUCACAGUCGAUUCAGUCUCUGAACUUCUGAGGAAGCACGGUUACCAAUCUCGAGGUUUCGAGGUCAUGUACAAUGGUCACACGGGACGAAAGCUCCGUGCCCAGGUUUUCUUCGGACCUACCUACUACCAGCGUCUUCGUCACAUGGUAGACGACAAGAUUCACGCUCGUGCUCGCGGUCCAGUCCAGAUCAUGACCCGACAGCCUGUCGAGGGUCGUGCUCGUGAUGGUGGUCUCCGAUUCGGAGAAAUGGAACGUGAUUGUAUGAUUGCUCAUGGUGCCGCUGCUUUCCUGAAGGAGCGUCUGUUUGAGGUGUCGGAUGCUUUCCGUGUCCACGUCUGCGAGAUUUGUGGACUCAUGACACCAAUUGCAAACCUGUCCAAACAGUCAUUUGAAUGCCGACCCUGCAAGAACAAGACCAAGAUCGCGCAAAUCCAUAUUCCUUACGCUGCCAAGCUGCUCUUCCAGGAGCUGCAGGCCAUGAACAUCGCCGCAAGAAUGUUUACUAACAGAUCUGGAGUUUCAAACCGAUAA